GCUGUCUCUUAGAUGAAUUAUUUCAUCUCCACUCUCACACUCUCUCUCUUCACACACUCAUAUACACCUUCACACACAGUUCCAAAUUUCCUAGAAACCAAAAACAAUUCUUCAUCUUCUCUCUCCACCUCUCUCACAACCAAACAUUCAUAAGCUACCACAUUUGCCAUAUCCAUUUCUCUCAGAUCUCACUAACUCACAAAACCCACUUCAAAUCCAUUACAAGAAAAGAAAAACCUUAUAAACAUUCACAACUGUUUUUCUUUUUCUUCUUCUUCUCUCUCUUUUUUCAGAUGCCUCAUGUGAGAUGAGGAGAAAACAGCAUUAUUCGAAUCCGUCGUGUGUUUUUGUUCUUCUUUUUUCAUUCUUCCUAGGUUUAACAACACUAGUCUCUUCUGCUGUUUCAUCGUAUCAUGUCUCAGAUGGGUCCCUCACGGAUGCUGAAACGAUGUACAUCAAACAUCGACAACUUCUUUACUACAGAGACGAGUUUGGCGAUAGAGGUGAAAAUGUUACGGUGGAUCCAUCACUAGUUUUUCAAAACGACCGCAUCAAAAACGCUUACGUGGCGUUACAAGCUUGGAAACAAGCUAUUCUUUCUGAUCCAAACAACUGCACCGUUGAUUGGGUGGGUUCCAAUGUGUGCAGCUACACUAAUGUUUUCUGUGCACCUGCAUUGGAUAACCCUCAGAUCCAAACGGUUGCCGGAAUCGAUCUUAAUCACUGUGAUAUCGCCGGAUAUUUGCCGGAGGAGCUUGGUUUGUUAACUGAUCUUGCUCUUUUUCAUGUCAAUACCAACAGAUUCUGUGGAACGGUUCCUCAUAAAUUUGAGAAGCUCAAAAUCUUGUUCGAGUUGGAUCUAAGUAAUAACCGCUUUGCCGGAAAGUUUCCGGAGGUUGUUCUCCGGUUACCCUUGUUGAAGUUUCUAGAUCUGAGGUUCAAUGAGUUUGAAGGUACGGUUCCGAAGGCGCUUUUUGAUAAAGAUUUGGAUGCGAUUUUCAUCAAUCAUAACAGAUUUGUUUUCGAUUUACCGGAUAAUUUUGGUAAUUCGCCGGUUUCGGUGAUUGUUCUGGCGAAUAACCGUUUCCACGGUUGUUUUCCGGCGGGGAUAGGAAACAUGACGAAUUUGAACGAGAUUAUUGCGAUGAAUAACGGUUUGCAAUCGUGUUUGCCGGCGGAGAUAGGGUUGUUGAAGAAUUUGACGGUGUUUGAUGUUAGUUUUAACAAAUUGUUGGGACCUUUGCCGUCGGCGAUUGGAAAUGCGGUGGGUUUGGAACAGUUGAACGUGGCGCAUAAUAUGCUUUCUGGUCAGAUUCCGGAGAGUAUUUGUGCGUUGCCAAAUUUGGAGAACUUUACUUAUUCGUAUAAUUUCUUUACCGGCGAACCACCACGGUGCUUGGCUUUACCGGCUUUUGAUGAUGAACGUAACUGUUUGCCGGCAAGAAAGAAUCAACGGUCGGCGAGGGAAUGUAAGUCGUUUUUGUCUCACCCUAUUGAUUGCAGCUCUUUUAGGUGUAAAGCUUUUGUUCCUUCUUUGCCUUCACCACCACCUUCUCCCCCUGUUGUUGUUAUUCCACAAUCUCCUCCUCCACCGGUUCUUUCACCACCACCGCCAGUUAUCAUCCCUCCACCUUCGCCCGUGUUUUCUCCACCACCUCCACCUCCGCCUGUGUUGUCUCCACCACCUCCACCUCCACCAGUAUAUUCACCGCCGCCUCCUCCUCCAUCACCGCCUCCUCCUUCACCUCCACCACCUCCUCCUCCAGUGUAUUCUCCACCCCCACCUCCACCAUCACCUCCACCACCUUCUUCCCCACCACCACCUCCACCAGUGUAUUCUCCACCACCACCUCCACCUUCACCCCCACCACCCUCUCCACCUCCUCCAGUUUACCCACCACCUCCACCUCCACCACCGCCGCCGCCACCUCCAGUAAAUUCACCACCCCCUCCUGUUAACUCACCACCUCCUCCAAGUCCUCCACCACCCUAUUGUGUUAGGUCUCCGCCACCUCCACCGCCCAAUUCACCACCUCCACCAGCUCCUGUAUUCUCCCCACCACCACCUGUACCUUACUAUUAUAGCUCACCGCCUCCACCACCAUCUCAGUCUCCUCCACCACCACCUCAUUCCCCUCCACCACCCCCUCAUUCCCCUCCCCCACCUCACUCUCCUCCACCACCUGUUUAUCCGUAUUUAUCACCGCCACCACCUCCAGUUCACUCGCCUCCACCACCAGUCCAUUCACCACCACCACCAUCUCCACCACCUUGUAUAGAACCCCCACCACCACCUCCUCCUUGUGAAGAACAAUCACCUCCACCUCCUCCCCAUCAAACACCUUAUCUCCCACCACCGUCCCCAUCACCACCACCAGUCUAUUCCUCUCCACCACCAGCACCAGUUUAUUCCUCUCCACCACCACCAGUUCAUUACAACUCACCACCACCACCAACAGUCUAUUCUUCACCUCCACCGCCAGUUCAUUACAAUUCACCACCACCACCACCACCAGUCUAUUCUUCACCUCCACCACCAAUUCAAUACAAUUCACCACCACCACCUACACCUGUAUAUGAAGGGCCAUUACCACCAGUCUUUGGAGUCUCGUAUGCAUCACCACCACCACCACCCUUUUAUUAAUUCUUUUGAGAACUUCUCCUCUUACCCCUUUACCCUCUCCACCACCAACCUCUAUAACACUUCAAAGUUCACAUUUUUAUCAAAUUCAGUCAUAUCAUAUGCAUGCAUGAAUGCAAUGCUCGAGUGUUAGGGGAAAAUCAAAUCAAAUUACAAUAAACCAAGAGAAAACCUAGAAGGGUUGUGUCAGGAAGCAACAUAAUUUAGUCCUUGUUUGUGGGUCAAUAGAUAAAGGGGAAGAAAAAUGGUGAACACGAGGUUAUGGUGGAUUGAGUAAUAUAGGUAUGAGGAAAAUGUCUCUGUCCCAUAUUGAUUUGAAUUGUUAUGAAUAUUCAAGUUGUGUAAUAAAAAUGGCUGAGAAAGAAGAUUAGGUUUCAGAGGAAAAACAUGUAUCUAUGGGAAUGAAUGAAUUUGGAGACCAUGACACCAUAAUUCAGGGCCUGCAAAGAUCAGUGUGUGGCACUUUCUGCUACUGCUGCUGUUCUUGUUUGUGGAGUUUAUUGUUAUUGUCUCUUUUAUAUCAUACUUUUUUUACUUAUUUUUUUAUUUUUGUUUCUUUUGCAUUGCAAUUUAUAGUAUAAUUUAUGAACAUUUUACUUGUAUUGAUUUUCUGAAUUGAGGUUAUUCCUUUCUCUUA